CUCUUGAAACACGUGGAAAUAACAACAACAUGGCAAGCCAGGGGCUAAACUACGAUGGUUGUAACUUUUUUAGACAACGAUUAGUAUUAUCAACACUAAGUGGCAAACGAGUCAAGAUAACAAACAUACGAUCUAAAGAUGAUAACCCGGGGCUGAGAGACUUCGAAGCCAGCUUCAUCCGGCUUUUGGACAAAGUAACCAAUGGGACCAGAAUCGAAAUCAAUCAAACGGGUACAGUGCUCUUCUACCAGCCGGGCCUGCUGAUCGGCGGGGAGGUGGAACACGACUGUAACACCCAACGCUCCGUGGGUUUCUACCUGGAGGCUCUGCUGAUGCUGGCUCCCUUCAUGAAGAUGCCCCUGAAGGCCGUACUGAGAGGGGUCACCAACGACCCCACAGACCCCUCGGUUGAUCAGCUGAAGUAUUCGGCCGUUCCCCUGAUGAGGAAGUUUGGAAUUGACGGGUUGGAACUGAAGAUAGUGAAGAGGGGGAUGGCUCCAGGUGGGGGAGGUGAGGUGCUGUUCACGUGUCCUGUUCGGAAGACUCUCGUAUCCGUGAACCUGACAGACCCCGGGAAAAUCAAGCGAAUCAGAGGAAUAGCAUACUCUGUCAGGGUUUCUCCACAGAUGGCAAAUCGACUAGUGGAUUCUGCAAGAGGCAUUCUGAACAAAUUCAUUCCAGACAUUUACAUCUACACAGACCACAUGAAAGGGGACAAGUCUGGAAAGUCUCCAGGCUUUGGGUUGACCCUGGUGGCAGAGACCUUGAACGGGACAUUCCUCAGUGCAGAGCAGGUAUCCACACCCCAGGGGCAGGGAGAACCAGUGCUUCCUGAGGACAUGGGAAGGAACUGUGCCAAGCACUUGCUUGAAGAAAUUUACAGGGGCGGUAGUAUCGACUCAGCCAAUCAGAGCCUGGCUCUCCUCUACAUGACCCUACGCCAACAAGACGUGUGUAAAGCUCUGCUUGGCCCACUGUCCCCCUACACGAUUGAGAUGCUCAGACAUCUAAGAGACUUUUUCCAGAUGGUGUUCAAGAUGGAGCCUCAGAAACCUUCGGAUGAUGAAAGGAAAGGAGGAGACAAAGUAAUGAUGACCUGUGUUGGAGCUGGUUUUACCAACAUCAGCAAAUCAUUAAAAUAAAGACUGUAC